UGAUCUCAUUAAAUAUAAAAAUUCUCCAUUUCUUUUGUCUCAGCUCUUACUCUUCAAUGUGCCAAAUGGGAAUAUCCAAGUUUUGUUCUUUCCCUGUCUGUUCAAGCAUCAGUAUCAUCAUCAGCUUCACUUGUUAGCUUUUGGGUCCUCCUGAAUCUGCUGUGGAACCAAGAACAAUCUAGGGUUGAGUUAUUUCAGUGGAGUAGUAGAGCCAUAGAGACAAUGCCUAUUCUCAAUAAAGACUUGGAUUCCGCAUUCCAAACUGCCGGAGCAAACCCAGGCCUAGAAGUUUGGUGUAUUGAGAACCAGCUGUUAGUUCCAGUGUCAAAGUCAAACCAUGGAAAAUUCUAUACUGGAAGUGCAUACAUAGUUUUGAAUGCCGUUUUUCCCAAAAAUAGCCCUCCUCAGUAUGACAUACAUUUUUGGUUGGGAAAUGAUGCAAAUAAGGUGGACUCAGGCUUGGCAUCAGACAAGGCACUUGAGUUGGAUGCAGCCUUAGGAUCAUGCAGUGUUCAAUAUAGGGAAAUUCAAGGCCAAGAAUCACAGAAGUUUCUGUCAUACUUCAAGCCUUGUCUUAUACCCAUUGAAGGAGUGUUUACUUCAAAGCAAGGAAACUUGAAUGGUGAAUACCAAGUCAUCCUGUACACAUGCAAGGGAGACUAUGUUGUCCGUGUGAAAGAAGUUCCUUUUCUGAGGUCAUCAUUGAAUCAUGAAGAUUUAUUCAUACUUGACACUGCAUCAAAAAUAUUUCUCUUCAGCGGAUGCAACUCUACCAUUCAAGAAAGAGCCAAAGCUUUGGAUGUUGUCCAGUAUAUAAAGGAAAAUAGGCAUGGUGGAAAAUGUGAGGUGGCCACAAUAGAGGAUGGGAAAUUUGUAGGCGAUUCUGAAGUGGGUGAAUUCUGGAGUUUAUUUGGAGGUUAUGCUCCCAUUCCUCGGGAGUCGCCUUCUGUUCAGGAAUCUGAGGCUCCAUCCAUAAAGCUAUUUUGGAUAAAUUUACAGGGAAAACUUUGUCAAACUGGAAGCAAUGCCUUGAGCAAAGAAAUGCUCGAGACAGAUAAGUGUUAUAUGUUGGACUGUGAUGGUGAGAUUUUUGUCUGGAUGGGCAGGCAGACUCUGUUGACGGAAAGAAGAACAGCAAUCAAAGCUGUAGAAGAAUUUGUCAGAAAUGAAGGCAGAUCAAUCAAAACUCAUUUGACAUUUUUAUCUGAGGGAUUAGAAAGUACCAUCUUUCAGUCAUACUUUACUAAUUGGCCUAAAACAGUGGAGCCUAGGCUUUAUGAGGAAGGGCGUGAAAAAGUGGCAGCAAUAUUCAAGCAUCAGGGUUAUGAUGUGAAAGAGCUUCCUGAAGAAGAGAACGAGCCAUCUAUAGACUGCAGUGGCACAAUAAAGGUUUGGCGGGUGGAUGGUGAAGAAUUCUCCCUUCUUUCUAUUACAGAAUCUACAAGACUUUACAGUGGAGACUGCUACAUAGUACAGUAUACAUUUCCAGGAAAUGGAAGGGAUGAAACUCUGUUAUAUGCUUGGAUUGGCAGUAGAUGUGUAAUGGAGGAUAAAACAGCUGUCAUUUCUCACGCGAAUACCAUGGCUGAUUCAGUCAGAACUAAUCCAGUUGUGGCUCAAAUUCACGAGGGUAAGGAGCCGGCUCAAUUUUUCUCAAUACUCCAAAGACUAAUCAUAUUCAAGGGGAGAAACAGUCCACAGUAUAGGAAGUUUAUAGAAGAAAAAGGUAUGGUGGAUGAAACUUACAAUCAAGACCAGGUUGCUCUGUUUCGAGUUCAAGGUACAAAUCCAGAUAAUAUGCAGGCCAUCCAAGUUGAUCAAGUUGCCACUUCUCUGAAUUCAUCCUAUUGCUACAUUCUGCAAACCAAAGAAUCUAUUUAUACUUGGAUUGGGAUCCUAUCUUCAGCUAGAGACCAUAAUCUUCUUGAUAGAAUGGUGGUGCUGCUUAAUCCAACAUGGCUACCAGUAUCUGUGAGGGAAGGGAAUGAACCUGAUAUUUUCUGGGAUGCUCUUGGUGGAAAGGCAGAAUAUCCAAGAGAGAAAGAAAUUCAAGGAUUCAUAGAUGAUCCACAUUUGUUUGCAUUAAAAAUAACCAGAGCAGACUUCAAGGUGAAAGAAAUAUACAAUUAUACACAGGAUGACUUAAUUACUGAAGAUGUUUUAUUGCUUGAUUGCCAAAGAGAGAUUUAUGUUUGGGUUGGCUUACAUUCGGUUGUCAAAUCAAAACAAGAAGCUCUCAAUCUUGGCUUGAAAUUUCUGGAAAUGGAUAUCCUCGUUGAAGGUCUAUCCCUUGAAAUCCCUAUUUAUGUUGUGACGGAAGGUCAUGAGCCACCAUUUUUCACUCGUUACUUUUCAUGGGAUCACUCAAAAGCAAAGAUUCUGGGUAACUCCUUUGAGAAAAAGCUUGCAAUUCUGAAAGGAGAAUCGAAAAUUCUAGAAGGACAUAGUAGAAUCGCAUUGAAAGCAAACUCCAGGGACUCAACUCCUAAUGGUCCCAGAAGCUAUUCUGUUAUGUUCAAUGGCCGUGGAAGAAGUAGUUCACCUGUACCUAGUAGUGCAGGCUCAGAUUUUAGGCAAUCAGGUGAUCGGCUUCUAUCGAGCCCUUCUCCAGUUGUCAAGAAGCUCUUUGAUGGAUCUCCUGCCAAUAGCAGUGCUGAACAAACAUUGCCACAAGCUGAUUCUCCAGCAACAGAACUGAGUUCAUCAAAUGAGCGUGAAAGUUUCACUCAGAAAGAUAGAAAUGUGGAUGGUGAGAAUUUGUUGGUAUACCCUUAUGAGCACCUGAGAGUGGUUUCUGCUAAUCCAGUAACUGGCAUCGAUAUAACCAGAAGAGAGACAUAUUUAUCUAAUGAAGAGUUCCAUGAGAAGUUUGGAAUGCCAAAAUCUGCCUUCUACAAGCUUCCCAGAUGGAAACAAAACAAGCUAAAGAUGUCACUUGAUCUAUAUUAGAGCAAGCCUAUUUUCCUGUAAUUAGUGGCACUAUAUUGCAACAAUGCAGCUUGAUACAAAUUUUAAUUAUUUACCUCUUGAGUGUAUUAAGUGUUUGAGCUCGAGUGGCUCUCUUUUGGUGAAAUACAUGCCAUGUUUAAUAUUCUUGACUACUGUACUACAUAUUUGUUCUUUCA